GUAACUUAACAAGGUACAUGUAUGCAACUUUAUGUAAUCACCUAUAAACUGCCAUAACACCUUGACGGCCUCUCUCUAUAUUUAUAUAUAUCAAGCAUUCCCAUUCAUCAACCAGGGUUUUAAAAUCCACCAACAAAUCAAUCAUCAUGGAUGUUCUCAAAGACUAUCUUCCACCCGCCAAAGGCUAUCUACCGUACUAUAUGAUGCUGACUUCCAUCCUCGCGGUUGGAAAUGCCGUUCAGAACUAUAUAACAUUACACUUUUCCCGACGCCUCUACAACGGCCAGUUCGUACCAAACCUCUCCCUAUCUCCUAAGUCGGCUACCUUCGAUCCGGAAGAUUCGACUCGGAAACUUGUACCUGCGUCCGCAAGAUCUAAUCCCAAAGUCGGGCGCACCCAGGAUCAGGUCACCCCCCUCGCUGCCAGAUUAUUCGGUACCUAUACUAUCGUUUCGGCUAUCGUGCGCCUCUACGCUAGCUACAAUCUGCACCUAGCUCCCGUCUACCAAAUCACUCUAUGGACCUAUGUCAUUGCACUUGCGCAUUUCGGCUCCGAAUUCGCUAUCUAUAAAACGGCGGACAUGGGUCCAAUUGCGACAACCUUCUUCUUUGCCACCGUCGGUAUCGUAUGGAUGACCAGCCAAUAUAACUUCUAUGUCGAAGUAUGAGCUUGAAGGAAUAGGCUUUUCUAUGGGACGGAGAAGAGUAAUAGGUAUAAUAUUAUCAAUAAUAUAUGUAAUCAACAUACAUAAUCGACAAUUUCGAUGGGCGACGCA